UUAUGUCUCGUUUCGUGACUCCGAUAUCGUGGGGCUUGUUAAAACCCUCGGCGACGUUUACAUAGAUAGAUUCGUCGUCUUAUAGUCAACGAUUCUUCGAGAAAAGUAUCAACGAAUUGCAUAUUUCGUCAGCUCGUUUAAUUUCGUGCGAAUAAAAAGACAGAAAUACGCACGACAGCAACAACGAAAAAGAAAAAAAAGAAGAACGAUUGAAAAAACAAAAAAAAACUGCAACCGUAUAUUUAUGCAACGCGGGUUAAUUGUUAUAACGUUGUAGACUCUUCUGUUGCUGGGGCUACUGUGCGUCAUCCUCUCUCUCUCUCUCUCUCUCACUCGUCGGGCUCUAGCUAGGCGCUGCUGUGUGCAUUCUAUAUAUUUAUAGAUGUAUAUAGCGCACAAACGUCGUCGUUUUGUUGCUAUAUAAUAUCAACGCACGCGAGCCGUACUAGGCACUGUAUACAUCGUCUCGCAGUUCAGACGGUUCUAGUAGUGCUCCGACUGCUGCUGUAGUAGUACAACAACGACUCAAAGUGACGUCUCUGCGUGUGCAGUGUUUUUGAGUGUUUUGUUUGUGUACGUUUGUGUGUGUUGGAGCGCACACAAUUCGUGAAUGUAUACACUUGUGCCGUCUUCGUCGACGUCGUCGUCGUCGUCGUCGUCGUCGUCAUUAGAGUACAGCAGUAGCGGUACAUUUAUAUUUACCUACAUACGUGCGAAAGUGAGCUAAAGCUUUGCCAGCAGCAGAAGCACACUACACGAGCAGCAGAAGCUUUUAUCGUACCUAUACAGUCCCAGCAGCGCGCAGAGCGUAGCGACUAUGACGCGUCGACGACGACAAAGGCAGAUGAUUUGCAGAGAGAAAUAGGCAUGGAAGAAGGGCCGACAACCAAGUCGACGAGCUUCCCUGGCAUCGUUUAUUAAUAUCACACGCACAUAUCUCUCUCCUCCUCCACAAGCCUCUCUUAUAUUCGUGUAAUAUUAUUACACACAGACUUUCCGCCGCUGCUGCUGCUCUCGUCCUGUCAGUGUAUAAUGUGUAUCUCAAGUAAUCGUUUCUCAUCGUAGAUACAGCAUAUUACGAUACUAUACCACUAUUCGACAUCCAACGCAGAUAUUUUUCAAUUUUUCCUCUUGAACUUGAACAGUCUUUAAAAGAUUGCAAACUCAAUUUGCAAAAAUGGAAGAUAAGAGGAAGAAGAGUACUGAGGACGACGAUGUGGCGAAUUCGGAUAAUAUAAUCAUUAAUGAAAUAGAUGGUUUGCCCAAUCUUCAUCCCAACUUGGGUCAGUUAAAUGAUCUGCACACUACUAAAGAAGCAGAGGACGUGUUAAACAAGACCUUGGAGGAUCUUUGUCAUGACGAGGACUUACCUAUGUCUGUAAUUGUUACAAAUGUAGACCCUCGAGUGUUCAGAUCUGAUGAACUGAAGGCUGAGAUUGAAAAACUUUUCAAACAGUUUGGAGAAGUUGUAACGUUUCAGUACUUCAGAUCAUUUAGAAGAAUGAGAGUAAACUAUACAUCACCAAGUGCAGCAGCCCACGCAAGGGUACAGUUGCACCAAGCUCACUUUGGUGAAACAGAUAUAAACUGCUACUUUGCCCAGCCUGUAACGCCUAUAGAUGCUGAUGACAUACAUUUACAUCCACCUGCGCCAACGAAACAGUUCCUAAUAUCUCCACCAGCAUCUCCACCUGUUGGUUGGGAACCAUCUGAAGAGAAUGAACCAUUAGUUAAUCAUGAUUUGCUUGCAGCUAUUGCAAAUUUAACUCCUGGAGAAAGUCAUGAACUUCAUGCUGGAACUACAAAUCAACCAGGUAUUGUUGUACAUAUUUGCGAAAAUGCAAAUAACUUGAAAACUAAUCGAUUGCCUCAUACUCGUUGCCCUGAUUAACGGCAUUCGAAAACUAAUGUUAAUAGUAGUUAUUUAAAGUUCAGUAAGAUUUUUGGUGACUUUACAGUAAAAAAUUUACGAAUUUGCGUUCCGUACUUUUUUAGCGACUUUACAAAAUUCUCGAAAAGUAUCGUAAGUUUUUAAGAAAAAAAAUUGUAUCAACAAAAAUAAACAUUAGUAAUGUUAAUAUUGUUAACUUUUAGUAAUUGUGUUCCAGUUAUGAUUCUUCUAAGUAUACCUUUAUAUAAGGUACAAGUAAAAAAAAUUAAUACUAAUGAAAAUUUAUGAAAUUAUAAUGAUUAAUAUUAGAAAUUUUUAAGAUUAUAGUAUUAUUGCAUUAGAAAAUUAAAACACCAAAAAUCUUACUCAUAAAAAAUGAAUAUUAUGAAUAUAUCUAAGUGUAAGUGCAUCCUUCCUUUACUGUCUACUAUAUAUAACAAAUUAAUGGCGAAUUGUACUCACAUUGAAAGUGAUCCAUCCAAAAGGGUAAUAAAUAUGUUUAUAUCCUAUGUAAUUCAAGUGUACAAGAAACAAGCUUAAUUUGAUGAAAUUAAGAUCACGUUUACAAAUUUCAUACUGUCACAUUAUAGCAUUCUUGAUGUUACAUUGUGUCAGCAAGAAGGCAGACGAUUAACGAAAGAACGUUUGAUCAGAGAAAUCGUUAAUAUAAAAUACGAAACGAUUAUGCUUAUAGUGUAGACGAAUUGCACGCAAAAUGCGCUGCUGGUCAGCUUUUUAGUUAUACUCAUAAGAAAUGCUUAUUAAAAAUUUAAUCUCGUGAGUAUAUUAAAAUGCUUCAAAAAACAAUAUCAUUACAUAUGUUAAUACAUAAACUUUUAUGAAACAGAUCUGAAACUGUAACUACUCUUAUCACAGUUUUUGAUGUUUACAAGUGUUGAUUUUCUGAAAAUUUCUUACUCAUUGUAGUUAAACUGAUAAAACAAUUUCAGGUCUUUUCUUAUUCUGAGUAUAUUCAUUAUGCAGAUCAAUCAUACAAAGUACUUAUUGUAUAUAAUUUUGUCAAUGCAAUUACUUGUAUUAUAUCCGAAUUUUUUACUUUUAUUUUUUAAUGUUAACUUCAAAAGUAUUAAUUAAGUUAAAUACAUAGUUCGAAUGAAAUAAAAUUGUUGGUUUGAAAUUUAAUAAAUAUUAUGCUUUGAACCCCGAAAUCUUUCAUAAAGAUGAUAUAUUUUAACAAUGAAUUUUUCUAAUGUUCAAUCAUGAAACAAUGAUAACACAAAAAUGGCUGCCUAAUAAAAGAAUAAAUUAAUGACUUUUAGAAGCAUGUGUUAUUUAGGAAUUGAAAGCAAAAAUGUUGGCUAUAAGAACUUAGAGUAACAACAUUGGCACUCAAUAUAGUUCUUCCUUGAACAAUGAGUGAUAUAAAUUUUGGAGAUGUAAUUUCUGUAAUAAAGUGUCAAUGUUGGAAGUUGUAGUGCACACAUGAUUAUUUUCAUAUUGAUAGAAAGAAAAUUAGUUUUAUACAAUCAUUGUGUGUAUUGGAUAAAAUGUAAUUGGGUGAUAAUUUUAUCAUAAAAAAGAAAUAAUACAUAUGUAGAAACGAAAAUUGAAGUAUCGAUAACUGUUACCUGCUUUUAUAGAAAAGCUCAUGAACAAUCAAACUGAACACAUGCGAUUUUUAAAGUUUAAAAUAAAUUAUCACAAAUUGUCAAAAGAAAACCUGUAUUACGACAAAAUUAUUAUUGGUUAAUUAGUACAACAAUUAGUCAGAAGUAGCAGUUGAACAUUUUUUAUUAUGCAGUAGAAACUCUUAUGAACGUAUUGAUUUUAAUUUUGUCGUAAUUAGUGUUGCGCAGAAUACUUUAUCAAGAAAUUUCGCAGAAAGUUUUAGUCUCUACAUGAUUUUCAAAUAUAUGUAGAAAUUUGUGCGUGUUAAUUUGAAAUAAAGUUGUUUUCGUAAAAAUUGUA